AUGCCAGACCCUUCCUCCUCCUCAGCGCAGCUGCUCCAGAACUCGCAGCCACCAGCUUCAGUCGCAGACAAGGCUGCCACCGCCCGUCCAUACAAGUGUCCUUAUCCACUUUGUGGACGCGCGUUCAGUCGAUUAGAGCACCAGACCCGUCACAUCCGCACGCACACGGGAGAGAAACCAUUCGCAUGUACGCAUCCUGGGUGCGAGAAGCGCUUCAGUCGUUCGGAUGAGUUAACGCGCCAUGCACGCAUACAUACUGACCGCGACGGUCAUGCCCGUGCUGCAAACAGCAGACAUGCUGCGGUCCAUGCAGAAAAGAACAGCAUUGUGCAUGCUCCGUCCAAUGGUUCGGCAUCGGGUUUGCCGUUAACUGCAAGCGGAGAGACGAAUUAUGGGAAGUCCAGGAGCAUGUCCAUGGGCGACCUCACUAAGCUUAGAAUGUCCACUAUCUCGGGCUCCGCUACUGAAGACCGAGAAGCGUCCGGAAGCAGUACACGCGUGAAGAAGAAAGCGCGAAGUCGCGCUAACAGCGACGACGAGGUGUGUUUUUUAAAGUUCUUCAACACGUUUAUCUCCCCUUAA